UUUAUAUUAGUAAACUUGAUUUUAAGCAAUGUGUUUUUGAAGAUUUUAUGUUGUAGAAUGUUUUUUAUUCUUCAAGCUACUGUUCUUAACUUUAUUUUCUCCUGUUAAUGUUCUCAAUGAUUAUCGAGCAUAUGCAUUACCAUGUGGCUUCAAGCAUAUCAGUGUGCUCUUGCUCAUAAUUUUUACUAUAUCUUGUUACUAAAAUUGCAAGUUAAUUGCAAAUUACUCAGAGCUUGGAUUGUCUCCUCCAGUUGGUUAAAGGAAAGCUACCAGGAAGGCAUAUUUGUUGACGAGUUGCCUUACAUACUAAAUGAUGAUGACUACAUAUCGAAGUAUCGAGCCAGCUUAAAAGCUGCAGUUCUCAGGGCAAAAGCAUGUCCUGGAGUUUUAUUUGAAGGGUAUGAUAUUUGCAUAUCAGCUCACGCUCAACCACCACCUAAAACUCUAUCCCUGAUAGUCAAGUCAGCCGGUGGAAAUGUAAGUUCUCUGUUAUUAUACAAAUCUCGAGUACUAGGUUUGGUUCUCUAUAUUACAUAUACAACCACUAUAAUAUGGCUAUCAUCCCAUCUAAUGAAGACGUGAAGUUCUCAACAAACAAGCACGUAUACAAAUUCUAGACAUGGGUCAAUAAAUCAUAGACAUGGUGACGUGUCAUUUUUUUUAAAAAAAAUAUAGGAUAGUGCUAGAACAAAGUUUUAAUAUAUAUAAUUUAUAAAGUAUGUAUCAUAUUUAUAUAGAAAUUCAAAGUCAAUAAGUUUAUGUAUUUAUAUGCUUAAAACUAAGCUUGUCCUUCACUCAAAACUUAUUCAAAGCCAAGAGUUUAAUAUUGUGUGUGACCAAUCUUGACCUUUAUUGCAUUGGAAUACUUGUUGUCUAACACAUCUACUGUACUAACUAGUGUUCAACACGUGUUCUCUGAGUGUUCCAUACAUAUGGCCAUCUCCAUGUUUCUUUAAUUAUCAAAUUUGUUCAAGUUUUUAAUUGUCUCUAGAUCGAAAUCUGGAGUUAUUUUUUGUGAUUUGGUGUACAAAUACAUACAUCCAUGUUUCUAAUUAUGAUUAGAUUGUUUUCUGGUCGUAACAUUUUAUUGUUUAGCUUGUCUUUGAUCUUGAACUUACUAUUAUGUUGAUUUAAAUUCCAUUUUAGCCUUAGAACUUUCAAAACAUCCAUUUUAGUCAUCGAGCUUC